AUGGCCAAAGUUCGCGCCACUUGGGCUCGACUCGCAUCUAACGACCGCCUCAGGCGUUCUUCACAGGCAGUGUCGGUGGUCGGUAACCAAGCUUACGUCUUUGGCGGUGAGCUCCUCCCACGAGAGCCUGUAGACAAUCAAGUCGACGUUGUCGAGCUUCAUUCCGAGAAAGACUCGGCCUCGGCCAAGACCAUCUCAACCGACACCGAGGCCCCAACUCCGAGAGUCGGAGCGCCCAGCACGGUGCUGAAAGAUGCCUUCUACCUCUUCUCCGGCCGCGGCGGUAUAGCCAUGGAACCUGUUGAGGAAAGUGGUGGCGUCUGGCGAUACACCCCGAUCCAAGCUCGCUGGGACCUCCUCAAGCCGACCGACGCAAACGCACCACACCCGGCUGGUCGGAGCUACCACUGCACCGCCUCAGACGGUAACAAGACCAUCUACGUCCACGCAGGAUGCCCAGAGAAGGGCCGCCUCUCUGACUUGUGGUCCUUCGACAUCAAGUCAAAGACGUGGAAAGAGAUCGCCGCAGCACCUCCCCCAGCACGCGGCGGCGCGUCUAUCGCCUUUUCUGGGGGCAACUUGUACCGUAUGAACGGCUUCGACGGCACUUCGGAGCAAGGUGGUGCUCUCGAUGUCUAUGACCCUGCUUCCGCUGCGUGGUCUACGAUUUCGUACAAGCCGGAUGGCGUUGAGGGUCCCGAGGCACGAAGCGUGUCCGCGCUCGUGGCGGUUGACGUCGGCGGCAAGCCACAUCUUGUGACGCUCUUCGGUGAGCGUGAUCCCAGUUCACUGGGCCACGCUGGUGCUGGGAAGAUGCUCUCGGACGUGUGGGCUUUCGAUGUUGGAGGAAGGAAGUGGGAGAAGGUCGUGUUCGAGGGGGAUGCGCCACCGCCGAGGGGAUGGUUUGAUGCGGAUGUGGUGGUUGAUGGAAGCAAGCAGAGUGUGAUUGUACACGGAGGCCUUGCUGAGGAUAAUUCGAGGCUCGGGGACGUCUGGAAACUCAACUUCGCCUAA